AUGCCUUCUACAGGAGAGGCGGUAGCAACCCCCACCACCGACACCGACGGUUACUUCAAUGGCACCGACGGCAGCGCUGCAACGAACGGGAACAAGGCCAAUUCUUCCAACAGCGACGACCCUCACGGCGUGGCCGAGAUCAACGAGAUGACGCGCACCAGGUCCCUGACCGCCGACGCCUCCAAGCGUCCUCGCACGCCGACCGGCAGCAUGGCCCUGACAGAUUACAGCGUCAACCCUACCACGCCUUCUGCCGAGAAGAGGCAGCUCAUCAAGGAGAUUGUCCCCGAGGACUUUCUCCUGCCUAACGGACACCCAGAUUACCUUCGCCUCAUCGCCAGCGCAACAUCGCGAGUCUACGAAGCCUGCAAGGUCACGCCCCUGACGCACGCGGUCAACCUGUCGAACCGUCUGGAGACCAAGGUGCUCCUGAAGCGUGAGGACCAGCAGCCCGUCUUCAGCUUCAAGCUGCGCGGGGCGUACAACAAGAUGGCGCACCUGGACCCGAAGAAGAGCUGGCGCGGGGUGGUGUGCUGCUCGGCGGGCAACCACGCGCAGGGGGUGGCGUACUCGGCGCGCAAGCUGCGGAUCCCGGCGACCAUCGUCAUGCCGGAGGGGACGCCGGCCAUCAAGCACCAGAACGUGGCCCGGCUGGGCGGGCACGUGGUGCUGCACGGGGCCGACUUCGACGCGGCCAAGGAGGAGUGCGCGCGGCGGGUCAAGGCGGACUCGCUCAUCAACAUCCCGCCGUUCGACGACCCGUACGUCAUCGCCGGGCAGGGCACCAUCGGCAAUGAGCUGUUCGGCCAGACCAACAUGAGCCAGGUCGACGCCAUCUUCUGCUGCGCGGGCGGGGGCGGGCUCAUCGCCGGGAUCGGGCUGUACGUCAAGAGGAUGGCGCCGCACGUCAAGGUGAUCGCGGUCGAGGCCGAGGACGCCAACGCGCUGGCGCAGUCGCUGGAGAAGGGCGAGCGCGUGGUGCUGGACAGGGUGGGCCUGUUCGUCGACGGCGCGGCCGUACGGUCGGUCGGGGAGGAGACGUUCCGCAUCUGCCGGGAGGUGGUGGACGAGGUGGUGCAGGUGACGGUGGACGAGGCGUGCGCGGCCAUCAAGGACGUCUACGACGACACGCGGUGCAGCGUCGAGCCGGCCGGCGGCCUGUCCGUGGCCGGGCUGAAGAAGUACAUGCGGCUCCGGCGGCAGCGCGGCGAGCCCGUCGACGACCUGUCGUCGCGCACCAUGAUCUGCGUCACGUCGGGGGCCAACAUGGACUUUGACCGCCUCCGCUUCGUGGCCGAGCGGGCGUCGAUGGGCGGCGGCCGCGAGGCCCUCCUGCACGUGCGCAUCCCGGAGCGGCCCCAGGCCUUUGCCGAGCUCAUCGACGCCAUCAUGGGCCACCCCGUCACCGAGUUCUCCUACCGCUACUCGAGCGACGACGUCGCCAACAUCUUCUUCGGGCUGUCGCUCGUCGCCCCGCCCGACGAGAGGGCCGAGGAGCUGCGGACGCUGCUCGAGCGCAUCCGCGCCGAGCCCGGCUUCGACGUCACCGACGUCACCCGGGACGAGCUCGCCAAGAGCCACAUCCGCCACCUGGUCGGGGGCCCCUCCUCCGUCAAGGACGAGAGGCUCUACAUGUUCAACUUCCCCGAGAGGCCCCGCGCCCUCGAAAAGUUCCUCGCCGUGCUGCGACCGAGAUUCAACAUCAGCCUGUUCCACUACCGCAACUCGGGCGGAGACGUCGGCAAGAUACUCACCGCCAUCACGUGCCCGGACGGACACGCCGACGAGCUGGACAAGUUCCUCAACGAUAUCGGCUAUCCCUACGAGGAGUGCACUGACUCUCCGCUCUUCAAGGCAUUCUUGAGGGCAUAG